AUGUCGAGCCCGGUGAAUGACCGAAAAACAUUCCACGUCCAGGAACAAAAGGAACGAACGAAUUCCAACGAAGUAUCGCCUUCCUCCGAUGAUGGCACCUACGUCCAUGAACCCGCUGGCGAGCAUGCCAAUAAGCUGCGAAUCGAUACCGCGAUAAAGGAUGAUGAUGAGGGAGAACACUUCUUCAUGCCUACCCCGUCUGCGCGUCGCGAACAGGCAACCCGUUUGGAGGAUGAUUUAUUGCUCCUGCAGGCCGAGCGCGUGGCGUCCCGGUCGACGCAAGGACCCGACGACGGGGAAGGCGGCUCCAUCAGCCGCACAAAGUCUCGACGCACAGAGGUAGUGGAUGAAUUCGAUGAAGCGACCAAUCCUCUUCACGAAAAGGCAGCUGUCUAUACACCACCCGAGAGUCCGCAGACACAGCUAUCCGCAUUUGUUAAGAAGCUACACCAGUCGAGCUUCAUCGUCCGCUAUGUUACGUAUAUUGCGCCUGUGGUUUUGAUUUUGUUGAUCCCACUGCUCCUUGGAGCUUUGAAGUUUACAGAUGCUGGCGUCGGCGGCGUACAGUUGAUGUGGUUCGCUAUCUGGCUAGAGAUCGUGUGGUUGACUUUAUGGGCCGGUCGCAUUGUCAGCAAAGCCCUCCCCAUAAUUGUCGGUAUUUUGGCUAGUAUUUUCACCAACAAUGCAAAGAAAUGGCGGGAUAUGGCCAGGCAGUUGGAAAUCCAUUUCGCUAUGUUCUUGUGGUGGUUGGGUAUUGAGAUUUCAUUUCUACCCACGAUGAGAAACCAUCCCAAGACUCCUUACAACGGCAGUCGAAGCUGGCAAAACACCGUUAAUAAGCUCAUCAUUGUCGUCUUUGUCUGGACCAUUUUGAACUUGAUUGAGAAGGUCAUCAUCCAACUGAUUGCUAUCAGCUUCCAUCUUCGUACCUACGCCGAUCGCAUCGAGAUCAACAAGUUUCAGAUUGGUAGCUUGACCAAGCUCUAUGACUGGUCUCGCGAUCGCAUUGAAGAGAAUGAUGAUGCUUUCCAAGAGAAGUCAACCGACCAGACCCCAACAGGUGUUAAGACCCCUCUGCAUUACGCUGGUAAGGCCCAUCGCAAGGCCAAAGGCGCCGUGAAGAAGGUCGGCAACAAGGUCGGAGAUGUGGCGGGUGCCGUUGCUGCUGACUUUACUGGUCGCACAGCUGCUAGGAGUAGUGAUCCUUACCAAGUCAUCUUGACUCUGCUACGCACUACUCCAGGUUGCCAGGUUCUUGCCCGUCGUCUUUAUCGUACAUUUGUCCGGGAUGGCUUCGAUACAGUUUUCUCGGGCGACUUGAAGGAAGCGUUUGAAAACGGCGAGGAAGCCGAGGCUGCAUUUGCCAUGUUCGAUCGUGAUAUGAAUGGUGACAUUUCCAUGGAAGAGCUGGAAGCUUGUUGUGUGGACAUUGGACGUGAGCGCAAGUCGAUCACCGCUUCGCUGAAGGAUCUUGACUCUGUUGUCUCCAAACUUGAUAAUGUCUUCAUGUUCUUCGUUAUUAUUGUCGUUGUCAUCGUACUGUUGUCGUUGAUCUCUACAUCUACCGCUGGUGUCUUGACCACAGCUGGAUCCAGUAUUCUGGCUCUUUCUUGGUUGUUCUCAGCUACUGCUCAGGAAUUCUUACAAUCCGUCAUCUUUGUUUUCGUCAAGCACCCCUUUGAUGUUGGUGACCGUGUGACUAUCUACGGUAACGCCGGUGACGCAGGUCUUGGUGAUGACUACUUCGUUAAGGAGAUUACUCUGCUCUACACCGAGUUCAAGAAGAUGCAGGGCCAUGUCGUACAAGCCCCCAACAGCUACCUUAACGGACUCUUCAUUCUCAACCAGCGUCGCUCCGGUGCCCUUGCUGAGGCGGUUCCCAUUAUCAUCAAGUACGGCACAUCAAUUGAUCAAAUUGAUGGACUCCGCCAACGCCUCCUGGAAUUUGUACGCAGCGAACGACGUGAUUUCCAAAGCAACAUUCUUACUGAAUUGCGUGCCGUCACCGAGAAUUUCUCUCUCACCCUGAACGUUGUCUUCUUCUACAAAUCCAACUGGCAAAAUGAGGGGCUCCGCCUACAACGACGCAACAAGUUCAUCUGUAUGCUCAUGAUCGCCCUCCAGGAGAUUGGCAUUGAGGGCCCACGCAUGAACCUCCAGGGUGCCAAGGUCGACAUUCCCUUCCAUGUCAACUAUGGCCAACCCCUUGCUGCCCCUUCAGCCAGACGUGAGGACCCUGCCGAAACAGAAGCUGUGCCCAUUGGCGAAGAUACCGGUGCUCUCCACGAAAACACCGCCAUGACCAGCGGAAGCACUGGACGCCACGCCUCCAUUCUCCGCAAAGGCAUGAAUACCGCUGCCGCCCGUGCGCGUGGCGCCUCCACUUCUCGCAAGCACGUUGAUUUCUCCCUCGGCAUGUCUAACAUGUCAUCGCAUGAUAUUAUGGGCGAUGUUUUCGAGGAUCGCAGCGUCCGCAUAGACGAUGUCGUCCGCAAUACCAACCGUGAAACUGCUGAGCGUCGUAUUCAAGAGGAGGCUGAGGAAGAAGAGCGCCGUAGUCGGACAUCAUCUUCUCAGCAUCGUCGACCUUCUAACCUAAGUGCCCCUUCGGGUGCUGCUUCGGAAGGUCGUCAGUCUACUGAUGCUCACAGUUAUAAGAGUGGGGCCUCUUCUACGCGCAACCGUUUCUUCAGACACCGAAGUAGCGUUAGUCGCGAGCGUGGGAAUAUGGAUGUGGAACAGGGUCGUGUUGAGUCUCCGCCCUCUCCGGUUAAAGAUGAAUGA